GAUCGCAGUGUGAAAGACCUCGCCGAGCAAAAUGUCCGGCCUGAUCCUCAACCCCAAGCCAUUCCUGACCAACCUCACGGGCAAACCUGUUGUGGCGCGACUCAAGUGGGGCAUGGAAUACAAGGGCGUGCUGCUGUCAGUGGACUCGUACAUGAACUUGCAGCUGGCUAAUACGGAGGAAUACAUUAACGGAGAGCUCACGGGCAACCUGGGCGAGACUCUCGUGCGCUGUAACAACGUGCUUUUUAUCCGAGGACUGCUGGACGACGAGAAGCCGCCCACCGAGACAUCCACGAAUGGAGCGGAGCCCAUGACUGAUGCCCAGUAGAGAUCAGAUGCACAGAGCAAAGGAGUGGAAACGGGUAUUAUGAAGAACAGGAAAUCUUAGGGUCAACGUUCCUCUUUACUGAUAAGGCCCCAUCAGUAGAUUCUACCAGGUUAACAACAGUGAAGUACCAAAGGAAGAAGCAGCUCCUGCAUGUUUGUUACAGGUAUCCUCGUCACUCUAAGUUACUUCGCAGUAUUGCUUACAGGUCU